AUGGCACAAUACCUUAUCUUGCAACCUCAAACGGCUUUUGAGGAAACAGGAGUCGCUUGGGGGGCCGUCACUCGCGAGUAUGUUCUCUCCCGGGUGUGGAUCCCUGACUGGGAAUGUCAUCCCUCAGGGCCGGCAGUUUCUGGCGAGCAUGGCCAUUGCAUCUGGCUGAUCCGUGACCGAGGUGAUGAAGCCAGUGGCGGCGUUGGUGAUGGUGAUGGUGAUGGCAAUGCACGCCGUCACCGUCCUCACCACCGUGACAGCUUCAAGCCACCUCCAACCCGUCUGGUGUGCUUUGCAUCUAGGCGCCGACCUGUCGGGCCCGAGGACAGAACUGCAUACAACCCCAGAUCCAUGGCCACAGACCAACACUUUGACCUUGGCACCUGUGUAGAUCACCACGGCGGCCUGCACUUGGGAUGCCAAGGCAUGCUCGGAGCUCAGAGCUCUCUGUCGCCUUGAGAUGCAUAAACUUGUUAAGAGGCGGCAUAUCCACACCUUCAUCACCGCCAGGGGCCGGCCCUGACGGAAAGUUUGUUCUUUGGCGACGAAGCGACUCUCUCUCCAGGCAUGCGACCAUGGAGCAUGGCAUCUGACUCGUCCUGCCUGGCCCGUCCCUUGAGACUGGCGGCGACCCAGC